AUGGAUAAAAAUAAGGAUAAUGAAAUAAAUCCAAGUCAAUGGACAUUUCAUGUUGAAUCAGUUAGAACAAGUAUUGAUAGAGUCUACCAAUUAUGCCAUCAAAAAUUACAUGUUCUUGGAUGUAAAGAAAUGUUAUUUUAUCUAACAAAUUCUAUAAAAGAUUUUCAAUCGUUGAUUGAAAUGAUAGAAUUAGAAAAAAAUUUUGAUACAAAUUGUCACCCAAUAUCUAUAGCAUGGGAAUUAAGAGUACCAGGAGCUUUUGUUGAUGAUGAUAAAAAAUCAUCAAAUAAUGAUCAAUCUAAAAAAAUAAAUAUUAAUAAUAUUAAAAAUAAUGAUGUUGAGGAUUGGCAAAUAGUUGAAAGAAAAAAAAAAUCAAAAACAAUUCUGAAUCCACGAUGUGUUAUGGAUAUUCCACAGACAAAAAAAUCAAUGGCAAAAAUAGCUCAUGCUAAACAGAUGCAAUGGGAAGAACAUAAAAAAUUUUUAGAAGAAAAAAGUAUAACUAAAAAAAGAUUAGAUAAAAAAAAUAGUUUAAAAAAUAAGAAAAAAAAUAAAAUUGAGGUUGUUGUUGAGGAAGUGGAAGAAGAAGAAUAUAUGGAUGAGGAAUGGAAAGCUUUAACUGAGGAGGAAGAAUCUUUAGCACAAGAAGAAGAAAGUUUAAAAAAAGAGAUUGAAGAUGAAGAAUUAACAAGUAAUCAUGAUAGUGUUUCUAAUCAAUUUAUGGAUUUAAAAAGUUGUGUAGAUAAAUGGAGUAGUGAAACACAAAGAUAUGCUGAAGAUUUAUGGAAAGAAAUUGUCCAAAAAAAUGUUAAUUUUGGAUAUAGAAAAGUUGGAGAAAUUCUACAAAAACAUGAGAAAUUUUCUUCACCAAUUAGAAAAAAACCUAAUGAUUAUGAGGAAAGAUUAGCUAGAGCUGAAGAAGUUAGAAUUCAAAUUCUUGAAGAUAAAUGUAGAAGAAUAAGACAAUUAUUUGAUAAAGUAGCCAGAGUACGACAAAAAAGAUUAGAAAUAAUAGAAAAGAAACGUACACAUUUGGAGAGAAAAAUGCAAAAAGCAGAACAAAAUAGGAAAAAAAUUUAUGAAGAUGCUAUAUUAAAAAAUUGGGAGGAAGAAAAUUAUCUUAGAAGUAUGAUUUUUGAAAGAGCAGCUGAGACUGCCUUAAGAGAUAUUCAAUUAAAAAAAGAAGCACAAGUAUUACAAGAAAGAUUAAAUAACUUAAAAGAAGAAAGAUUAAAAAAAUGUGAGGAAAAAGCUGCAAAAGAAGCUGCAGCAAAAGAAAGAUUAAAGCAAACAGAAGAUGAAAAAAAAGCUAAAUUGGCUUUAAAAAUAGCUAAAAUGGAAGUAAUAGUUGAACAAAAAAAAGCUAAAGAAAAGGAAAAGUCAAAUAUGAUUCAUAAUAAAAAUAUUGAAAAAAAUAAAAGAAAAGAUCAAAAGAUAGAAUCAUAUAAUACAGAGAGAGGUGAACUUAUGGAAAAAAUAAUUGAAAAACAAAAAAAUAGUACAAUUAGAUAUGAAAAAGGUCUUGAUCAAGUUAGAAAAAAAGCUAAUGAAUUAGGAGUUUUAAAGAAUACUGAUACUUUCAUAUCAUUAUCCCAAUUUACCCACCUUCCAUCAUUUAAUGAAUAUAGUAGUGAUAAGAUAAAAAAAUGUACAAUAUGUGAUAUUAUUUUAUCUUCUGAUAUAAAUGUUAUCUCACAUUGUAUUGAUGAAGUUCAUAUGACAAAAACUAAAAAUAUAUAUGAAAAUUUAUCUGAAAAUAUGAUUAAACAAUUCUUAGAAAAUAAUAUUAUAACUUUAGAUAAGGAAUCGCCACGUAGACAUUGUCAUAUCAACCAAAAUAACGACUUACUAACUUUGUCAUCUAAUAAUAUAAAAAAUAAAAAAAAAGAAAUAAAGAUAAAGAAAAAAUUAUUACAAAAAGCAAAAAUCGAUGAAGAGACAUUAAUUAAUAACAUAUAUAUUGAAGAAGGGGUUACUUCAAAAAGUUAUCCAACAACAUAUACAAAAUAUAUUAAUAUAAUAAAAAAAAUGGAAACAGACUUAUCUAAAUAUAAUUUUGAAAAUUGUAGAAAUUUAUCAAACUCUGAAAUAUCAACAAUUCAAAAAUCACUUUAUUAUGUUGGUGGAGGUAAAACUAAUGAACAGGGUAAUGAUAAUGAUAUUGUCAAUUACUUAAUCAAUAAUACUAAUAUAGAAUUAUACUUGAAAUUAUAUAUUUACUUCAUUUAUAUGAAAGAUGCAAGAAUAGAAAAAUUAAUUUUUAGACUUCAACAAAUUCUUCUUCAAUUAAGUAAUAAAUGUCAACUAUUUAAUCUCCUUAUUUUUUAUGGAACUUCUUUUAUCAACAUGAUUGAUGGUAUAAUUUAUAAUAUUAAUAAUUCUAGUAAUAUUUCAAAAAAAUUUCUUGAAUCACAAUUAUCAUUGCUUACUAUUGUUGUGGAAAAAAUUAAAAAUAUUACCACUAAUAGAUAUGGGUUACAAAAUUACGAGGAUAAAUUAUCAAUUUAUAUUGAUUAUUUAAAUACAAUCAACUUUUUUAAAUUAUUAUCACAAAAGCAAUUAACUUUUGCCAUCAACUCAAUUGCUUCAUUUUAUUUAAUUUUACUUAAACAGGUACAAUUUAUAAAAAAUUUUGACUCUAAUUAUUUAAAAGAAUACCUUGAGUCAGGAUUUUUUUCUUUUCUUAUUGAUGGAUGCCUUGAAAAUAUUUAUUCAGGAACAUUUGAUGAAAAUAAUAAGAAGAUUUUAGAUAUUUUCAUAAAUAUUUUUAUUUGUUGUAAUAAUCAGGCAAAUGUUACUUUUUUUAAGAAAAUUAUACGCAAAAAAUCAGAAAUCCCAGUUAAAAUAACUUACAUAUUUACAAAAUCACUCCAAUUACUGGUAAAAUAUUCUGAUCCAGAAACAAUGAAAAAUCUUUUAUAUUCCAUAUUAUUAUUUUCAAAAAUUUCACAAAAGACAAAAACUUUAUGUUAUUUAGGAUGGUCACAGUCAAUUGCCUAUCAUUUAACUUUUCUACCAUUUGAAUAUUUUAUCAAAUGGAGGUAUAGAAUUUAUCUUUUGUCAACACUGAUCUCAAUAUGUUAUCAAUCACCAAAUGCUACUAUGAUUGUUAAAAAUGAAAUUGAUAUUCAAUGGCUUGUUAAAUUUUUAGAAGAUGUUAAGGAUUCUAAAACUGAUUCUGAUGUUGUUAAUUCUAUGAUACCUAAAUCUUCCUGGGAAAAAAUAUUACUUUAUUUUAGGGAGAUGUAA